GCAGUGAGGUACCUCUGCACAGGUGAAGUGUAACAUCAUUGUCACACUGCCGCCGCCGCAGCAGCAGUAGCAGUGACUUCGCUCAUACGUAGUGUUAUUGUUUUUUUUUAAAUUUUAUAAUAAUAAUAGUUUUUUUUUUAAAUUUAAAAUUAUUUUGUCAUCGAAAAAUGAACACAUCAGUUAGUUCACAACUGCGGUGUCGACGGCACCCACCCACAACGUUCCCGUGUUCAUAGUAUUAUCUUUUCUGUCAAGUGUGAGUCGAGUUGGUUCUGGUUUCUAUAAUCUGUUAUCCUUUGAUGUCUUACAACAUAUGGACAUCUCUGCUAUAGUUUUGUGAAAGAUGAAGAUUUUGUGAACACAUGCACAUUGAAUACAUAUCACAACAUACACUCUUAGGGCAGUGAAAGGUUUUGGCUAGGAUGAUGGCGCCCAAAAUACAAGAAGAUGAAAAUAUCGUCAAUAACAAUAACAAACGUGACUCUCCCGCGUUCAAACUCAACAUAGAAGACACUGCAGUACACGGCGGGAACACGGACUCGAAUUCUACGAAUAACAGCCAGUUUUCGAGUAUGUCAGACGAAGAGAGUUACGAAUGUUAUGGUGAAGGUGACAUGGAGAAUUCUUCGCCUAUCAACAACGUGAUCACAAACGGCGUCGAAAAUCCAAUUACCAACCCGUUGAGCCUAAAGAGGAAUACGUGGCUCAGGACAAGUUUGAGGAGGACAACAAAUGAGCACAGCUCUGAAAUACUGCCAAAUCGGAAAUGGGGUUCGAUGAGACAUUCAUCAAACAAAAGGAUCAGUUCAAACGCACUCGCCAGUGAUCUAUAUCGGAGCUCAAGUUUCAAUUCGUCCGGUCGCAGUUCCAUUUGCGAUACGCCUGACGAUGUGUACUCCGAUACGUCCAUCGAAGAAGACGUUCACGACCUCAACAAUAAGGUACAAGUGUUGCAAAAACAAAUGAAUUCUCUGACCGACAAUCAACACCUGACGGACGAACGGUACGCGCGUACCAAGGAGGAGAACGCCGCUCUCCAAGCCCGCGUCCAUAUGCUAGAAGAGCAGCUUCGUGACACCGAACUUAGGUGCGAGGAGCGACUUGCGUCCGAAGAACGCAGACACAGAGAACUCGUCACCCGAGUUGAUAGAGAAAAACAAUUGCAUAUCGAUAAUUGUGCCAUAAGACUUCAAAGUAUUGAGUCUGCUAAUGAAAAUUUACGAUUGGAGGCAGAAAAAUGCAAGUCCGCGUUAGAGAUGAUGCGAACCGAAAAGAUUUCGUUGGAACAACGUGUGAGUGAUCUCAACGUGGGUGCUCAGUCGUUCAAAGAUGAAAUACGUCUGCUGGAGGCAGAGAUCAGAAAGUUUAAACAGAAAGAAAGGGACAACGAAGAGAUCAUCGAGGGUCUGACCAAAGAGUUGGAAAUAUCUCGACUUGAAAAGGAAGCCAUGAUCGCCAAAUUAAAUUCACCUUCGCCGUACGUUACUGAGCUUACGGCCCAGUUGGAGUUGCUUAAACAUCAGAAUCGAUCAUUGAAAGACUCCUACGACGAGCUACAAGCUUCCUCCAUAGCCAAAGGCAUCGAGAGAGGUAGGCUGUUGUUGACAGAGUCACCCAGCCUCGCUUCCGAACUUGACGGAUUGACUCAUGAUGACCACAGUCCCUCGUCUUUGCAAUUAAACAAGAUGAAAACCGCUUUGAAAGAUCAACAGGAAGUGAACGAUCAGUUACGGGCUUACAUUGAUAAUAUUCUCCUAAACAUUGUUGAAAACCAUCCAGAAUUGUUGGAAGUCAAACAAAAUUUAUGAAAUAUUGUUAUAGUUUUAUUAUAAUAACAGAUAUUCACACAUACACACAAUGUUCCUAAUACUAUUGAUUGGUGAAGUUGGAGACCAGYGUCUUUCAAUAGACAUGUAUAUCUGAAUUAUUGUUUUUGUCAUCUAACUUACAUAUUAUUAUGUUGCCACCUAAUUAAAUGUCUACCAUGUUUUUCCCACUUCAUAUUUCCAACAAAUGUAUGAUAUAUGUGUGUUAUAUUAUAUAUAAAUUGUUGUGUAUAUAAACAGUUAAAUUUUUUUUUAAAAA